AUGCCAUUCAAGUCUCUAAGGGAGUUGGAUACAAGUGAGGGCACGGUUCAACUGUAUAAUGGAAAUCUUUCUCAGCAGCACCUGGAGGGCGGCGAUACUGUUCUAUUCCCACAGCCGUCCUCGGAUCCUAACGACCCACUACGGUGGCCGAAAUGGCGGAAACAUGUCGUUUUCCUCUCCAUCUGUCUCUUUUCAUGCUUGAAUAACUUUAGCGGAACUGUACUCUCCGAUAGCUUCUUACCCAUCGCUGAGGAUCUUCAUGUCUCCAUAGAUGAUGCUUCAGGUCUUAUUUCUUGGGUAAUCCUCACCCAGGGCAUAUCUAAUUUAUUUUGGGUCCCUACAGCAAUAUAUCUUGGAAAACGCCCGGUGUUCAUCGUCUCUUGUGCGAUUUGCUUCAUUGGAGCAAUUUGGGCUGCCGCUUCCCCUAACUAUGGGAGUCUCUUAGGGGGGUGUAUCUUCGGUGCCUUUGGCGGCGGAGCGUCUGAAGCGCUGGGCGCUGCAAUUGUUAAUGACAUCUACUUUCUGCACGAAAGAGGAACCAAGAUGUCAUGGUACAUCGUUUUCAUCGCAUUCGGUAGUAGCUUGGGACCAUUAUGUGGCGGCUAUCUCAUUGAGUACAAGGGCUGGGCAUGGGGAAAAUGGUUGAGCGCUAUUCUACUUGGCGUCAACUUACUGCUGAUAAUCCUUUUUGCCCCUGAGACGCGAUUUAGAAGGUCUCCUAAUCUCGUCGAACGAUCAGAUUCAAGUGCCAUCUCCGAGAGCACCAGCGAAAAGGUUGAAGGCGACAAAUAUGAGCAUCUAGAAGUUGGAGGCAGAAGCUUGCCAUCGAGCCAACCAAGCAGCACGUUCCAUCGCAAGACUUACUUACAAUCUCUUAACCCUUGGUCAGGGAUCGCUAGGGAUACGUCGUACUUAAGUCUAAUACUUCGUCCCAUACCUUUAUUGGCUUACCCGGCAUGUUUCUUUGCAACUCUUACGUACUCGCUGGCACUUGCUCCGACUGUCAUGGUUAACACUGUCAGCUCGACCAUUUUGAUUCCUCCGCCUUACAACUUCUCUAUCGGCGCGGUGGGUUUGAUAAAUAUUCCCGGCAUGAUUGGGCAAGGAAUUGGAGCAUUCAUCGGUGGUCUUUGCAUAGAUAAAGGGGCGGCAUACUGCGCCAGGCGCAACAACGGCGUCUUCGUCCCCGAAACACGCCUCUUUCUCUUUUUAAUUCCUACGAUUGUAGUAUUCACAGGGAUCGUACUUUUCGGCUUUUCCGUGGAGCAACAGAUGAGUUGGCCGGUUAUUUUUACUGCGUACGGGCUCAUGAGCGUCGGCUUGACGGGGUCUGCCAGCAUAACUAUGACAUACGUCUGCGAUUGCUAUUUUCCUGUCUCGGCCGAAUGCUUAGAGAUGAUCAAUGGUAUCAAGAACAUCGUCGCAUUCGGAUUAGUUCACGGGGUAGUACCUUGGGUUGAUAACAUGGGGUACGCUAAGGCGUUUGGAACAUUGGGCGGAAUUUUCGGCGGUUUGAUGGCUCUCGUGGUGCCCCUGCUGGUCUGGGGCCCUCAGAUUCGCCAUCAUACUUCUUCCAAGUGGCGUCUGGUUAGCUGGGAACUCGAAUAA